ACAGACCCCCAAGAAAAUAGAGAAGAGUGAAGAGUUUGUACUAUAUAUAAACUGCGAGGGAAAGCGGAGGAGAGGUCGCAAAGCCUACCCUCGUACUUCUCACUUCUUUCUUUAUAUAUCUUUGUCUCUCUCUACCUCUGUCUGAAUUCUAAAGUCUCUCGUUUUUCCUACCCUGUAAAAAAGCUUAAACAAAAAAAUGGAGAACAAUAACAACCAGGUCACGGGAGAGUUGAAGUCUGGGAAUAAGAAGCAGGUUCGAUUGUUUUACUGUAUGGAGUGUGAAGAGCUUGCCCGUAAAGUUGCUGCUCACUCCCAACUCAUUACCCUUCAAUCUAUCAACUGGAGGAGCUUUGAUGAUGGAUUUCCAAAUCUUUUCAUAAACAAUGCACAUGAUAUCCGAGGUCAGCAUGUUGCUUUUCUCGCAUCCUUCAGCUCCCCAGCUGUUAUCUUUGAACAGCUUUCCGUCAUAUAUAAUCUUCCGCGAUUGUUUGUUGCUUCCUUCACUUUGGUGUUGCCAUUCUUUCCAACUGGCUCCUUUGAGAGAAUGGAAGAAGAAGGAGAUGUUGCAACUGCAUUUACCAUGGCAAGGAUUUUGUCAAAUAUUCCCAUAUCUAGGGGUGGUCCUACAAGCGUAGUUAUUUAUGACAUCCAUGCUUUGCAGGAAAGAUUUUAUUUCGGAGACCAUGUGUUGCCAUUAUUUGAGACUGGGAUUCCUCUUCUAAAGCAGCGUCUUCAUCAGCUCUCUGAUGCUGAUAAGAUAGUUGUUGCAUUUCCAGAUGAUGGAGCUUGGAAACGAUUUCACAAGUUGUUGGACCAUUUUCCAACGGUUAUCUGCACAAAGGUUCGUGAGGGUGACAAGAGGAUAGUUCAAAUCAAGGAGGGAAAUCCCACCGGUUGUCAUGUGGUUAUAGUUGAUGACUUGGUGCAAUCUGGAGGCACUCUCAUUGAAUGCCAGAAAGUUCUGUUCGCUCGUGGUGCGGCAAAGGUGAGCGCAUAUGUCACUCAUGGUGUUUUCCCGAAGUGUUCCUGGGAGCGGUUUACGCAGAAGAACAACAGGUCGGAGAAGGGAUUUGCCUACUUUUGGAUCACAGAUUCAUGCCCCCAGACUGUGAAAGCCGUUGAAAACACAGCUCCUUUUGAAGUUCUGAGUCUUGCGGGAUCAAUUGCUGAUGCUCUCCAAAUUUAAGUCCAAUUUCCAAGAGGCUUCAUAUGAACUCUUUUUUAAGCCGAAAGUUUAGAAAGUAUGUGCUAAUUUCAUCUUAGUAUGAAAUGACGAAAUAAAUGUAUUAUGUUUUGAGGAUAAAAGUAUCAUUUAGUAUGAAAAGUUGCAUACUGAUUUAAAUAAAUUUUUUUAUGAAUAAAAUCUAAUAUUCAUAUUAGUAAA